AUGAUUCCGAUACGUAAAAUCGCUCAUCGAACAUGCUUCUUCGUCAGCCGAACAGUGUAUAUGACAUGUUGUUGCGGAUGCUGUUCCGCUCUCCGGCCCCGCUACAAGCGUUUGGUUGACAACAUCUUUCCCGCUUCCCCGCAAGAUGGCCUCGUCAAAUCGAACAUGGAGAAACUCACUUUCUACUCGCUUUCGAGUCCGGAGAAACUCGACAGGAUUGGGGAAUAUCUAUUUCAAAAGGCGUCGAGGGAUAUUUAUCGUAGGAGGCAUGGUUUCGUAAUAAUAGCCAUGGAGGCUAUGGACCAACUGCUGCUAGCUUGCCACUCGCAGACACUUAAUUUAUUCGUAGAGAGCUUCCUUAAGAUGGUUCAGAAGUUACUAGAAUCUACUGACCCGCAGUUACAGAUUUUAGCUACACAAAGCUUUGUCCGGUUCGCAAACAUAGAAGAAGACACGCCAUCUUACCACCGCCGAUACGACUUCUUCGUGUCGAAGUUCUCAGCGAUGUGCCACAGCAACCACAGCGACCAGCCCACCCGGGAUAGCAUACGGUUGGCCGGGAUUCAGGGAUUGCAGGGCGUGAUACGAAAAACGGUGUCCGAUGAUCUCGUGGAAAAUAUUUGGGAGGCGCAGCAUAUGGAUAAGAUUGUACCUUCUCUUCUGUACAACAUGCAGACGGCGGAGAAGUACGAGACGGUGUCGUGCCCGGCGGCGCGCGAGGCGGCGGAGGAGCACCCGCCGCGCCUGGCCGAGGCCUGCCUGCGCGAGCUGGUGGGCCGCGCCUCCUUCGGCCACAUCCGCAGCGUGCUGCGCCCCGUGCUCACUCACUUCGACCGUCACGAGCUAUGGGUUCCGAACGACUUUGCGGUGCACACUUUCAAAAUCAUCAUGUUCUCUAUUCAGGCGCAGUACUCGUACAGCGUGGUGGAGGCGCUGAUGCAGCACCUGGACGCGUGCGGUGGCGCGGCGGACGGGCGCCUGCGCACGCGCGUGCGCGCCGCGCGCGCCGCCGUGCUCAGCAACAUCGUGGCCAUCGCCGCCGGCGACAGCGUCGGUCCCUCUGUGCUGGAAAUAAUCAACAAUCUGCUGACGAACUUGAGGACGUCUGUAGCGAGAGAUUCUGAGAAAGAAUCGGACGAGAGGUUAUACCAAGAAGCCCUAAUCAACGCUCUAGGGGAAUUCGCUGACCAUUUACCCGACUUCCAGAAAAUAGAUAUAAUGAUGUUCAUCGUCAGCAAGAUCCCGUCUUCCCGCGGGAAGAACAGCAAGGCCGACGCCAUGUUGCAAAGUAUAUUAUUGAAGUCGCUUCUAAAGGUGGGGACGACGUACCGCACGACGGAGCUGAGCAAGGCGUUCCCGGCGGCGUUCCUGGAGGCGCUGCUGCGCGUGGCGGGCGAGGCGGGCGCGCGCGCCGCGCUGCUGCAGCGCCUGCUGCACACGCUGCUCGACCGCCGCGGCAACGCGCCGCGCCUCGCCCGCCCCACUGUGGACUACGCAGAGCUGGGCCUUGUAGUGGAGAAGUGCUCUCGCCCGGACCUCAUAUUCAUCAGCAAACAUGGAUACGCCAUCUUCAGUUCGCUGUAUGAAGGGCUGCAGCUGGAGUCCAACACGGCGGAGACCAUCAGCGCCAUCUACACCACGCUGGCGCUGCUGUGCGUGGAGCUCGCCUCCGAGGAGACCGUGUGCGACAUGCUGCAGGUCAUACUCUCCAUCCAGCAGUCGGCGCUGUCCAACCCGGUGCUGUCGACGGCGCAGCAGUGCAUGCUGCACGCGGUGGCGGCGGCGCUGGCGGCGCUGGUGCCGCACGUGCUGCUGCUGCCGCGCCUCGCCGAGUAUAUAUCGCAGAUAAUAGAAGCUCGACGUGAGGAAGCGCCUCACUUGUUACCCCCACUGCUGGACAACUACGACCUGUCUCCGUCCCAACUGCCCAACAAACUGCCGUACUUAAUGAUAGAUCAGAUGGCGUUGGGCGAUUGUCUGAAGGGCAGCGGCGUGGACGCGGGGCGGCUGCAGGGCACGCCGCCCUACAGCGCCGGCGCCGACCUCGCGCACCGCCACAGCUGGGUCGAGGCCGGAGCGACGCAAGGGCGCGACAGCCUGGCGGACAUCGCGGGCGCCAACACGGAGCUGGACAGCGCCAACAGCUCGCCCGGCGUGCAGCGCCACCCGGCCGCGUCGGAGCUGGUGAGCCUGGAGGCGCUGCGGCGCGCGGCGCUGCCGCCGGGCGAGGCGGAGCGGCGCGAGGCGGAGCGCCGCCGCGCCACGCUCAACUGCGCCUUCCGCACCGCGCCCUUCGACCACCUGCUGCACCUCACGCAGCCCAAGUACGAGAUAAAGGAUAAAUUGGAGGAGAUAUUCAACUCGCUGUCAGAGGAGCCCCUGCUGGCGGGCGGCGUGGGCUCCCCUGGCGGGGCGAAGGCGCCGCCGCCCUACACCAAGUACUUCCCCGAGCUGUUCUUAUAC